GUCACCUCAAAAUGGCAGAAAUUUCCCAAGGAGGACAGUUUUACAUUGAAUUAUGUCAAAAUCCGAUACAAUUUGAACCUUUUAGCAAAGUGACAAAUGUAUUCUUUGAUGACUCAAAUCGUCAGGUUUUCUGCGUACGAUCAGGUGGCGCCACAGGUGUUGUGGUCAAAGGGCCAGAUGACAAAACAAACAUUAACUUCAGGAUGGAGGAUCGGGGUGAUGUCAUUUCCGUUAAAUUCUCCUCUGACAUGAAGAUUUUGGCAGUUCAGCGGUCACAGAAAUCAGUGGAAUUUGUCAAUUUCUUUGAUGGAAUGGACACGAUGGAAUAUUCGCAGAGCUGCAAGGGGAAAUCUACAAAGAUCAUUGGUUUUUCUUGGGUGUCUGCCAAUGAGAUUGUCUUCAUCACUGAUCAUGGCAUUGAAUAUUAUCAGGUGAUUCCUGAAAAAAGAAAUCUGAGAUCUAUGAAGGCAUUCAGUGUACCUAUCAACUGGUUUGUGUGGCUGCCUAAGGAUGCGGUGCUCCUCCUUUCAUCUGGCCCACUUGGUAACAUCAUACAUCCAUUCCUGUUCAAGCAGGGAAAUGUCUUUCGACUCCCCAAAUUUGAAGUUGACCUCCCUCUCAUUCCAAAACCACCACGACUGUGUCUGUUGGAGAGAGACGUAACCAUGGCAAAAAUAUAUGAUCAGUUGUACAUUGUUGUGCUGAGGCAUCAACCCAGGUCUGCGUCAGCAGGAAAUAUCGGUGCUGAGAUUGUUUUAUACCAGUUACAAAAGGAGAGUCCGGCAAGAAAGACAGAUGUUCUGCGGCUUGACUUGAGUGGACGGUUUGCUGUGAAUAUUGUGGAUAAUCUCAUACUUGUUCAUCAUCAAGCUUCAAAGACCUCCAUGAUGUUUGAUAUCAAAGUUGAAGGCCAGUCUGAUGGAUAUGUGACCUAUCAUCAGGCCAUACUUGCUCCCACACCGAUCAAACCAGUCAAGCUCAGUCAACAAGUUGUCCAACCCAUUGGCGCCCCAGAUGUCGCAGAGGUCAGCUGUGAACUUUAUUCGCCCAAUUGGAUCGUCUUCCAGCCAAAUAUUGUGAUCGACGCUAAACUCGGUUGUUUGUGGUAUGUGACGCUGAAUCUGGAGCCAACAGCUCAGAUGAUAACAGAUAAGAAACGGUUAAUAGAUUUCCUACUGCAAAGGAAAGAAUGCAAAAAGUUGGUGUUGUCUGUCUGUAAACAAAUGAUGUUGCCGGGCCAGCAGGUGGCGUUGCCUGUCUUUGCUAAGGUGUUUGACAAGUUGAACAAAGUCUACAGGAACUAUCUCGAAGCUGAAGCUCAGGCUCAGACUGCCGAAACGACUGGUAAACAGGAAGCGAAGAGACUGUCUAUUCCUCCCCAAGCACUGAUUGAUCAGUCCGACAUGUAUACUCACGUCUUUACUGUGUUCGUUGACAAUAAGGAGAUCUAUUACAAAUUCACUGUGGCAGUUUUGAUCGAAUACAUCCGGUCACUGAACUCUCAUCAAAUUCCUGUGCAGCACUACCUCUAUGAACUUGUAAUAAACACACUAGUCCAGCAUGGCUGUUAUUACCAACUCCAUCAGUUUCUACAAUACCAUGUUCUCAGUGACUCUAAACCUAUCGCUUGUCUGCUGCUCUCCCUAGAAAACUUCUAUCCACCAGCAUAUCAACUGGCCCUUGACAUGUUAAAGAGAUUAUCAACCGCCACUGAAGAGAUCAUUGAAGUACUUUUGUCAAAACAGCAGCUUUUACAAGCAUUGAGAUUUGUGAAGAGUGUUGGUUAUGUCGAUGGCGUGUCUGCUCGGAAGUUCUUGGAUGCGGCUCUGGGGACAAAAGAUAUCAUGAUAUUCUACACUGUAUUUAAAUUCUUCGAACAACGUAAUGUCAGACUCAGAGGCACGCCAAAAUUUCCAUCAGGAGAGCGUUGCGAGAAGUAUGUCAAGCACAUGGAGGCCACUUUCGGAAGUGAGGCGCUGACAGCGAUUAAUCCUUCUUGAAACCAGGACAUGUUACUUGGAUAUGUGGACGACUUGUAACAAAAUGAACAUUAUGAGACUAUUUUGAAAAGCUGGUGCUGUGAUGCAUUUCGAUCUGAAUGGUGUGGCUCGAAGGGUCAUCAUAGGCAGUAUUCAGUAAGGCGCUACUAUAUUUCUUCCCAAAAAAUCAUAACAUUUGUAACAAAGUGUAAAAUGGUCCGAUUUAUUUUUUUUGAUUUAUUUAUUUUUAAUGAACAUUUCACAAAUUUAUUAACUGGAUACUACUGGAUGCUGUUUAGGAUGACCGGGCUCAAGUUGGGGGUUUUCGAGUGGAGGUAGGCCUACUCACAUUUGUGACUCAGAAUGACAAGAAUAAGUGUAUAUUUGGAGAGAAAUGUGACUCAGAAUGACAAGAAUAAGUGUAUAUUUGGAGAGCAACUGACUGGUUUAUUUCACCUUUUGGGCGUCUCAGUAUGUAAAUACAUUGUAAAUACUUGUAAACAAGUAAAGUGAUAGUCUAACUGCUUAUUGAAUCACCUCACAGAAUCGUAAUUUUGGUGAAUCUUCUUCUCUGUAAGUGUUGUGAUCAACAUUGGUGCUUCUGUUAGUGCAGUCAAUGGCAGAAUAUGUUGGUUUUCCCUUCAACUUCAAUUUCACUGUGAGAAAUGUACUCAUUAGAAAUGUAUAGUAACUAUAUAGCUGUCAUGUACAUAGAAGUAAAAAUAUA